AUGUCGAAUUCAAACAACAUGGAGUUAGUCGCGAAGGCGAUGGAUCUUUCCACUCGCACUAUUGAUCUCCUCGCUGUACUUGGCAGACUGACCGAAGGAACAGGAACCGUGGCAUUGAUUGCCCGUGAGCUGGGCCGUUGGCUAGGGAGAGAGGGUGUUGAGGAAGAUGAACUUCGUUUCUUUCUUGCCAAAACCCAGGCGCUGGCGAUGCCCAACCGCGAUGAGAGGGUUCUGAGAUUCUUCAGUGCGGUUACUACGACCCGUCGGCAGUCGACGGUAGUGCCCUUUGGUGUGCAGCCGUUCGGAUCCAUGGGAAAAUACCUCGCCAGCGAUCCUUUGCAGCAGUGGAUCUCGUCCACCAUCUGCUGCCUAUUCCGGUACCACGACCAACGCUAUAUCAAGUCUUUCCUCUCUUUCUUUCUGAUCCUCAGCGCACAAAAGGCCGGUGAGGUGCCGCCUAGGCAAUACAAGAUCAACUCGAUGCCGGAGAAGCUCCGAUUAGACCCCGUCGUCAGUAAGGUGGUCGAAUCCACGUGGCUUCACGUUGGUAACGCAGGGCUGCUCGGCAACGAUAAUGAAUGCCCACGUCUCCCCGACGAAUUUGACUGGGCUUGUACCGAGGGCCAUGACCUCGACGAGUAUCAGCUUGCUAUCCUUCUUUCCAAGAUCUCCCGGUUGUCUUCACGGGAAAUUAUCAUUCAGAGCAAGCAUAUCUUGACCAACCUUGUUUUAUGGUUGUCGUGGCACUAUGCAGGACGCCUCCGUGUUGUUGUCAGUGGCAGGAUCGUCUAUGAUCGUGUACUGGGUCCGGAGGAGGGAACUGUGGAAUGUCGUGUGGCCGUGUUUUGCGCGGAGGAACCAAAAAAGUGCUCGUUCUUCGAGAGAGAUCGAGACGAGAAGGACCCUCGCGACCACAGCAUCCGCGUGUUUGAGAGCAUCGCAGGCAGCCUACAUCUAUUAUUCAAAAACGACUAUUCCAGCUUUGCAUCCCCCCGCGGAGGAGUCUUUGUUCGCCAACCUCUUUACGAGUGGCCGCAUCGUUACCCGAAACAAGAGAAAAAAAUCAAGAACGUUACCUGGGUCGCCGCGCGAGAACUUUUGACAUGGUUUUUGGGGCUGCCGGUCGUGAAAGACCACAUUCCUCGCUUUAGAUGCCCUUCAUUCAGCCUUGAGCUAUUCAGCGCCACAAAGAACAACUCUCACGCCCUGAAAGUCGGAGAUUUGCUCGGCCGGAGUCCUUCGCUUCUUAACAUGUGCAGCGACCAGCCGAAACAGCAUUCUGUUGUCUUCUCAGCAAAAGAUGUCGAAGAGAAUGACUCGACUGACCCUCAAAAGUUGUGGGGUUCAUCGGAUCAGAAGACUGAGGAUCUGAUCAACGAUAUUCUCGUGUUUUUUCCCAUCCUACGAGACCUGGUUGACGAUCUUGCGAAGCUGUGUGAAUGCCCAUAUUGUUGCGCGGAAAGGUCAUUCAAACGGCCUAGUGAUGAAAGCAAACAUCUUCGUUACGACGAGAACUGCUUGGCAUACAUGGCCGUUAGUGAGGUCAUGUUCUACUUUUCCCAUGGCAUCGCGGAUGCGUUUGGGGCACCUGAUGCCUGCGGAGCCACAUCACUGGGAGAUAAUCUCCGGGGGGACCUCGGCGGCUGGGAAAUUUUGAGGAAUGCCAUCACCCGAAGGGGGUCUGACACUCUUACCAAUACGUCGCGAGGUACCAUCCAGUGGUCUACUAUGUUUGACACAGCGCUGCGUGUCUUUCUUGGCGUUAGCUCCCAGGACCUCCUCCGGGGGCAGGAGAAGAACUCCCGUGGCCCAUGGUUUGUUGCCGAUACACCGAGCAUCGUUGCUGUUCAGUAUGGCUCUCUUGCCGUCAUCGCUCCGUGGCUGGAUAUCUCCGAGCCCCUGAGUUGUAGGCGGUCUUUCCGGUUCGAGGUCGUGCAGGGCCAGCUUGCGCUGGACAGCGGGGAGGUUGACGGCCAGCAUGUUUUCAGGAGGAUGGCGGGUGACAUGUGUGUUUUUGAAGCACCGAGGACUGAAGACGUGUCCGAAUUUAACUCGCGGCUGCCGCCCGAGGUGUAUGAAGCAGGAGCUGCGUUGUCCUUAGCGGCGGACAAAUCUGAGGAGAAAUGGGAUUGGAUUCUUGUGCCGGUGAACGAGGUCAAAAAAAUGCUUCUGUUGAGGGUCGCGUCUGAGGAACACUCGCGAAUGAUUGACCCUAGCAAUACACUCCGACAGUUGUAUCGCUCGGUCGAGAUUCCUGCUUGCGCUCAUCCACCCGCCGGCAAAGCGCUGGUGCCUCGGGGGACUUCCGUCGAGGUACAUGGCUUCGGGGAACUACUCGGACGCUGGGGAGAGCCGAAUUACGACACAGACACGGACAACAUCAGCGAUGAGGGUGAAACGGUGGAUUCCUGCUCGGACGAAGACUCCGAUUUUGUUUCAGAUGCUGAGAACUCGGACAUGGACAUGAGUGGUGAUCGGCUCGAGCCUUCUUCAAUAUCACCGCCCCGGAAGCGAUUGAAGCUGGAGUCGCCAUUUCUCAUCCGUACGUCUCACGUUUUGGAUUCCGCUUUCAAAUUCAAUGCGGCAAUGGCACUGUCGUCCGGCAUCCCUCUUGUUGCUUCAGGACAAAGCUGUUUGGAAUGUGGUAUAGAACACGCCAAGUCAAUCCGGGAGGCAGAACGAGCUCGCCCCAGCUUUAGUGGAGAGGACGAGCAAUACUUUAUCGUGAAUAGGGUCAAGAGUCCUGCUAAAACAACUCCGUUGGCCUUACGCGGUCGUCCAGCGGUACAGGCAAUUGAAAGCGCCGAGGGUCUUGCAUAG